AUGACGGUGACGGUGGUCUCAGACGAUGAGAGGUCGCGCACUUACACAUUAGUAUUGGAGCUCUUAGCGAUCGAAACGCAAGAUGCCCUUCUUGGGGAAGAGAAGAUCGAGCGAUUUGUCGAGAUUGGCCCCUCAAAUACACUCACUGGGUUAGCCAAACAAACCAUCGAAACGAAAUACAAAGACCACGAUACUGCCCUAUCAAUCCAAAGGCAGCUCUUAAACCUCAAAACAAGUGAGAAUGACAUCUACUAUGCCAACGCAGAGACCGUCGAGGUCCCGAAACAAGCACCUUCCAAAGCCGAUACAACGCCUGCUGCUCAGGCUCCGGCGCCCACACCUGCUACAACAGCGGCCCCCCAGCCAUCUACUCCCUCGACCGGAUCGAGUGGAGGCAAAUCCAUUGCAUCGGCCGAGGAUGUCCCAGUGAAAGCAGAAGACAUAAUUCUCACUGUAAUUGCUCAAAAGUUGAAGAAAUCCACUGCGGAUAUUUCGCUUAGCAGUAAUAUCAAAGCGCUCGUCGGAGGUCGCUCGACCUUGGAGAACGAGAUUGUCGGAGAUCUCCUUAGUGAAUUCAGCAAUCUACCUGAGCGAUCCGAGGAACUCAGUUUGACAGAAUUGGGAGAAACACUAUCAGCCGCAAAUGCUCAAAGACGGCUGGGCAAGACAACAAACGGUCUAGUAACACGUGUUAUCGGUACGUCAAUGCCGGGAGACUUCAAUAUGACCAAGGUCAGGAAGUACCUUGAGGACCGUUGGGGCUUCCAAGUCGGCCGCCAAGAUGCCGUGCUUCUAUCUACAAUUGCCUCGCCUCCUAAGAAUCGACUUCAGGAUCAAAAGGAGACCCAGGCUUACCUGGAUGGAUUGGUCAAGGAUUAUGCGCAAGCCGCCGGAUUGUCAAUGAAUGAAGGCCCAACGGAACAGGUUGCUGCUGUGCAGGUCAAUCCGGAAGCCUUGAACAACGUUGUUCGGAGACAAGAGGAGCUGGCACAACAGAAGCUCAAAGCCUACGCUUCAUUUCUUAAUGUUGAUCUCCAUGCUGACGGAAAGUCUGCUGAGAGCUCCGAAAGCGCCAUGUUGGAGCUUCAGAAGCAGCUUGAUUUGUGGAUAGCUGAACAUGGUGAGGCCUAUGCCAAUGGUAUCACCCCAGUCUUCGAUGCAAAGAAGCUCAGAGAGUACUCCUCUUACUGGACUUGGGCAUUGCAAGAUCUCACGUCUACUUUCUACAACGUCGGCCGAGGAAUAUUGAAAGUCGACAAGGAGUUGAUUGACGAUAUCACUUACCGGCUGGGCAACAGAUCAAGCACGCGGUUGGCGGAGACAAUCAGAUAUUUGUUAACGCAAUGUUCCGAUGAAAAGCAAAGGGCAUUUUACGAACUACUUCUUAAAACCGUCACAGAGUCACUUGGAUCUGUUCCAGUCUUCAAAAGCACCACAAACUUCCUUGGCCCUCGAACAACUAUCGAUGAGCUAGGCAAUAUCAAAUACUCUGAAGUCCCGAGGGGUCAAGAUGGGUCAAAGACAGAUUUUGGUGAUUCGACUCGUCUUCCACACAUCAAGCGCAAGGAUAACAAAGGAUGGGCAUUCAACUCCGAGACGACCGCACUGUAUAACAAGGCUCUUAAUCGAAUUUCAAGCACAGGGCUUUCAUUCACCAAUAAGACGGUCCUCCUGACUGGAGCUGGAACGAAGUCCAUUGGUGAAGAGCUCCUGAAGGGUCUUCUCACUGGUGGUGCACAGGUCAUAGUAACGACAAGUGGCUUCUCAUCCAACACAGCUCGCAAGUACCAGAAAAUCUACCAAGCUCACGGCUCCAAAGGCUCCAAGCUGGUCUUGGUUCCGUUCAACGGAGGUAGUCAGCAGGAUAUCGAAGCUCUAGUUGCCCAUAUUUACAGCAAGCUUGGUUGGGAUCUUGAUGUCAUCAUCCCAUUCGCCGCUAUCUCUGUGAAUGGGCGACAGAUCGACGAGAUUGACUCCAAGAGUGAACUAGCACAGCGUAUCAUGCUUACGAAUGUUAUUCGACUUCUUGGGGCUGUCAAGAGACACAAGGAGGCUGCAGGCUACCGAUCACGGCCUACUCAUGCUUUGCUUCCCCUGUCACCCAACCACGGUAUCUUUGGUGGUGAUGGGCUAUACUCCGAGUCAAAGAUGGCACUCGAAAGUCUGUUCGCCAAAUGGCACUCUGAAGAUUGGAGCGAUUAUAUCUCCAUUUGUGGUACUUCGAUCGGUUGGACUCGCGGCACUGGUCUGAUGCAUCAAAACGAUAUUGUGUCCGAGGACGUCGAAAAACUUGGCAUCAAGACAUUCUCCCGAGCAGAGAUGGCUGUCUGUAUUCUCGCCCUGUUGAAUCGGCCUUUAAUCGAGUACUGUCAAGAAGAACCGUUGUACGCUGAUUUCAGCGGUGGCCUUGACGCAGUGCCAGACUUCCCGGAUCAGUUGAAUGUGAUCCAGGAUAACAUCAAAGCCACAAGCGAGAUCCGCAGAGCUGUCGCAGCGGAAGCAGCGCUUGACAACGGAUCUGAUCCGAAAGCCAAAGAGUCCGAAUCGAUGAAAGAACGUCCAAACAUCGAGCUUGGAUUCCCUGCUUUGCCAAACUACGAAACAGAGAUCCAGCCUCUCCGCGCCAAGAUGGACUCCAUGGUAUCGCUUGAACACACUGUUGUGAUUGUAGGCUUUUCAGAGCUCGGACCUUGCGGAAAUUCUCGUACUCGCUGGGAAAUCGAAGCACACGAUGAACUCUCGCUAGAAGGAUGCACUGAAAUGGCUUGGAUCAUGGGACUCAUCAAAUUCUCCAAGGGCUCGGGUAACAAGCCAGCUGGAUGGAUUGAUGUCAAGACAAAAGAGCCAGUCGAGGAAUGUGACGUGAAAAAGCGUUACGAGGCUUAUAUUCGUGAUCAUUCAGGCGUCCGGCUGAUUGAGCCAACACUUUUCGACAAGUAUAACCCCGACAAGAAGAAGAUGACUCAAGAGAUUGUCGUACAAGAAGACCUUGCACCAUUUGAGACUUCCAAAGAAACCGCACUCAGCUUCCAGAGAGAACAUGGAGAUAAGGUUGAGAUUUUCGCAAGCGCCGAGUCUGACUCUUACAGUGUGGUUAUGAAGAAGGGCGCGGUGAUUCAUGUGCCAAAGGCUGUGAAGUUCAGGAACAAUGUUGCUGCACAGAUUCCUACAGGAUGGGACCCGCGGACGUAUGGUAUCUCGGACGAUAUCAUCAAUCAGGUCGAUCCAGUCACCUUGUACACACUUGUAACAGUUGUCGAAGGUCUUCUUUCAGCGGGUAUCACAGACCCCUACGAAAUUUACAAGUACAUCCAUGUCUCCGAACUGGGCAAUUGCUUUGGAAGCGGAUUGGGUGGGACAGCCUCUUCAGAAAAAAUGUACCGGGAUCGGUUGCAAGACAAGCCUGUGCAAAACGAUAUUCUGCAAGAAACUUUCUUGAACACCAUUGGAGCGUGGGUGAACAUGCUCUUGCUCUCAUCAAGUGGACCAAACAAGACAUCCGUUGGAGCUUGCGCAACGUCUGUGGAAUCACUCGACACCGCCUAUGAUCUCAUUCUUCAAGGAAAAGCAAAGAUGUGUUUCGUGGGUAGUGUUGAUGAGUUUUCAGAGUACACGUCUUUGGAGUUCUCGAAUAUGAAGGCAACCAGUAAUGCUGAGACGGAGGCCGAGGCUGGCCGGGAUCCCAAGGAGAUGUCACGACCGGCAGCCUCAUCGAGGAAGGGUUUCAUGGAAUCCCACGGUGCUGGUUUCCAUAUUGCUUGCACUGCAAAGCUUGCAAUUGAAAUGGGCCUGCCAAUCUAUGGUAUUGUUGCUUUCACGGGCAUCUCUAGCGACAAGGUCGGCCGCUCUGUCCCUGCUCCGGGCAAAGGAGUUUUGUCAAAUGCAAGAGAGUCAACAGCUGGGUUCCCAUCGCCACUUCUUGAUAUUGAAUAUCGCCGACGACAAAUCGAUGUUCGACGACAACAGAUUAAUAACUUCAAAGAGAUUGAGCUCAGUAAUCUUGAGGAUACCAUUCAGCAUCUCAUGGCCAAAGAUGUUCACUUCAACGCAUCCGAAUAUCGGGCAUAUAUGGUCAAGCAGAUUGAUCUGAAAUUCAAGAUGCAAGAAGAAGAUAUGCUUGCCUCCUUUGGUAACCACUUCUGGCGUAACCACCCAGAAAUCUCGCCUAUUAAGGGAGCGUUGGCAACAUGGGGUCUCACUGUCGACGACGUAACAGUAGCAUCUUUCCACGGAACCUCGACUGUCUUGAACGAGAAGAACGAAUGCACAAUCAUUCAAAGCCAGCUUUCUCAUCUCGGCCGCACCAAGGGAAAUCGUACCCUCGGCGUAUUCCAGAAGAGUGUCACUGGCCACCCUAAGGGUCCUGCAAGUUCCUGGAUGCUCAACGGCGCCCUGCAAAUGAUGAGCACCGGCCUCGUCCCCGGUAACCGAAAUUUGGAUAACCUUGACCCGGAAUUUGAGAAGUUUGAUCACAUCACGUUCUUGAACGAGAACAUUCAAACCGCCGGUAUCAAGGCUUUCUCUUUGACCUCGUUUGGUUUUGGUCAAAAGGGUGGUCAAGUGAUUGGUGUGCACCCCAAAUACUUGUUUGCGACAAUUCCAAAAGAGGUGUUCGAUGGCUAUGCGAAGAAGUUGAAGAAGAGGCGAGCAGUUGCGACGGUCGCAUUCCAUGAGGCGUUGCUAGAGAACAAUAUGUUUGUGGCGAAGAACGACCCGCCGUAUGAUGUUGUACAAGAGAUGAAGACGCUAUUGGAUCCGAAUGCUAGAUGGACGGCGUAG